CGCGUCGUCAUCGAAAGUGACGAAGAGGAAGAAGAGCAGAAUAAAAGCAAUCUUUACGAUAAGGAGGAUGCGGCAGGCGACGAGGAUCGACGUCGUGUUCGUCGAGACUCCGAACGAAUUGGCGCAUACGAUGACGAGGAGGGGUCAGCCAUCGAAAGCGAACAUUCCGAAGAUGAUUUCAUCGUUACGGACGAUGGCCAUCAGGCGCGACAUCGCCAGCGUCGUUAUCGCUCAACCGACGUGCCCGAACAGGCCAUGGACGAUGCGCGCGAAAUCUUCGGAGUUGACGAGUUCAAUUUUGCUGAGUUUUAUGAUGAAGAUGUCGAGCCAGGUGAUGAGGAAGAUGAAUAUCCGGAAGAUGAGGAGCACGAUGAAUUGGAAGGAGCGGAUGCGAUGCGAGCCCACAAGAUCAGACCAAAAGAGAAGAAAGCCACGCUGAUGGACACAAUUGAGCCCGCCGAGUUGGAAGAAAAACUGCUUGCCCCACUGGACAAGCGCAUACAACUAGAAGAUAAGCCAGAACGAUUUCAGCUUCGUCGAGUGCCCGUAACAGAAGCGGAUGAACAUGAGCUGGAGCUGGAAUCGAAAUGGAUUUACCAGUAUGCGUUUGACAACGCAACUUUAUCACAACAGGUGCAAUUUCAUCCGAAUUCAUUUCGAGAAUGC